ACCAGCCUAUCCUACGCCCAUCUCCCGCCUUUAUAAUUGCUGAUGGCGGGCAGCACAUCGCUACACACUCGUUUACGACACGCCAUUUUUUUAAUUUGGACCUACUUUGUUUCUUGUCUUCACCUAAAGCGGCGCUCCACCUAUUCCCUUCGACCGCUCCUGCCUGUCGCCGACUCGCCUUUUCUUCCCACCGAAGACGCACCACCUUGCCAAGUCGUACUCACUGGUAUCCUUCGGCGAACAUCUCCAUUCCCUCCACUGCCAGUAGACACUGGCAAGCCCGCCCUUACCUUUCCUACCGCGCGGAGUACGCUGAAGGCUGCAACCAUCGCGAUCCCCGGACUAGUCCAUCAUCGUGCCAUUGGACUAUCACCAAGUCCGCGCGCAGCGCGAGCAGGACGAAAGCGCGUUCGCUUCGUCGAGCCGACGGUGACCGAGAUCGACGAUGAGCGAGCCGAUCUCGUUCGUAUGCAAGACAUCGAGGAGGCGAUCGUCCACUUCCAAGCUCAACGGGCGGCUCGCCGGGAAAGACGGGAAGGGCGAGUUCCCACCGCGCCUUAUGCAACACUGGAUCCUUCCCCAACCUCCCCUCCUUCCCCCGCAUAUCUGGAGGUGCCGACUUACAUCAUCGAGCCUAUCUCCUCGCUCAAGGACCUCGACUCUGAGGGCACUGCCCUGGGAAGUCCUUCUGCCUCGCCUCUGAUAGCGUCAAUGACGGCUGCCUGGGACGGAUACUCUAUACUGGACUCAGCCUGCUCCUCCGACGCGUCCGCUGUCCUCUACCUCUCCGACGCGUCUACCGCGACCGAAGCUACGCCCCGUCUCCCGUACAACGAGCCUUCUCAAGACCUCGAGGUCCCCAGGCUCGCCUUCAGCUUCGAAUCGGAUGCGGAGAUCGUCAUCUCGCCCCUUCAAUUCGAGUUCAACACCCAUCUCGCGCCCUUCCCUGCAGAGAACGCGCCCGCAACCGACAUGACCCUCAGUCUGCCGCCGUUCUCGCCCUUCGAAGCGAAGGCCUUCUCUGCUCUCAGUGUCGGUAUCGCCGACCACUGCGGGUCCUUGGCUACGGCAGCCUUCGGCUAUACUCUCGCCACGUCGAACGCUGCACCCUUGACGAGCACACCGCGGCUUCUUCCGACCUCAGGCCCUCCUGCCGCAAAGCCUCGCGCGAUGAGCAUGCUCGAGCUACCUGCUAUGACACGGGACGAAGGCCUAUCUUACGCGGAGGUCCUCGAUUGGAGCAUCUAUGACCGGCCUCUGUCUCUCUUGGUUUCGGAAUGCUCCGAGUACACCGCCGACGCAGAUCUCACUCCUAUGAUGGCGCUAGGGGCGUUGAGCGUACCUCAACCACGCUCUUCUGUUCCAAAGUCUGCUCCAUCGCGUGCUUUCGGUCGCGAUCUUCUGAAUCAGCAGGCAACUCCAGUACGCGACGUGAAGUCUUCGCACCAAUCAGGUCGCGCCAAGUUGCGCUCUCAAUCGCCUUCCCCUCUCGCAUAUCCACGCGCGGUUAACAUUGGCGUAGACGGCCCCGACCAUGGUGACUCCGCUGUCAAGUACGAGCUCCUACUUGCCGGUUUGCAGAGCCCGGUUCUCACUGCGGACGAUGGUUCUCGGGCGCUCUCGGAGUACGGACCUCAGGCACGCUCCGAGUACGACAUCAGGAUCAGCGCGGUGCUUGGGGAGCUGCAGUGCGCGUACGAGCACUUGUCUAUGUGCGAGUGGGACGAGAAUCAGUUCAGGCGCGUGUUCGCUUGAAUCAUAUCGCAGAGCGUGUAGGUAUUGUAUGUAAUUCGAUGGCAACCCUCUUGCCAUCUAUGAAGGACAAUACGACUACGGACAUACUUUAUGAUUUUGCGGCUAGGAG